CGUAGUGCACACGUGCUCGGAAGUAAGCAAGGAAAACGUAAUGUCGUUCUCUGGUGAAUUGUUUGUUUGGUGAUAGCACUGGUUUCGUAAUCAAAAUUAUAUUUUGGGAGUACUUGUCAUGGAAACAUGUUUGUGCUGUUCGCUCAUCUAACAAGACGAACCGUUUGCAAGUGAAGUGCGCGAGCGUCAAGAUAGAGGGGUGCAGGAGACGAGUAGGCCUACCUGACACAACAGUGUAUGUCAACAACAUGGCAUUCACCAGCCUUUUUUCAAGUCUUCCAAACAAAGAAUUUGACACGGCGCCUUGUGAGCCGAGAGAGAGAUUUCAAAGGGAUGAAAGGCAACUGGAACCAGUUAAACUGGAGGUGAACGAAAGGGAUGCCCAGUCCAGAAAGUGGCCAUUGCAAAGGUGUCAGCAGAGUGGCCCCAGGAAGAGGAAAAAGGGGGACCAACAGGAGCAGUGUGGUCAGGCCAAGAAAAAUAAGCUCCGUAAAUGCCCAUCACAAUCUUAUAAAGACUUUGACUCUGUGGCCCGAGACUACAACAUAGUGAAGUGUGAUUUCGAGCAACCAGGCUUUGACUUCAGUAGAGACCUGGACUUCUACAGUGAUAGCAAGGAGGGUGCAUCCCCAGGUCAUGCUACAGAGAAGGAUCCUGAUCAGAUCAAGGAUGUUCAAGGUGUAAACGAGAAGAAAGGACGGGAGCAGAAGAAGCAGCGACGGGAGCCUCAGCAGCAGAGACUUGACAACGAGGCAGAGGGGCAAACUCUGCCAGGAGGGGUGGGGAUUUUACCGGAAUAGGUGGACACGGAACUAACCAGCCCAGAGACUUCUCCAACAGGGGCGGCGGCGGUUCCAACAGGGGCGGCGGCGGUUCCAACAGGGGCGGCGGCGGUUCCAACAGGGGCGGCGGCGGUUCCAACAGGGGCGGAGAGUGGAGCAAUAGAGGCCAGGGCUGUGACAAGAGGGGCGAUUUUCUCAGAAGAAGUGAUUGGUCAAAGCGAGGCACUGACCGGUCACUUCGAGGUGGACGACAGUUCCCAAAUGAUGUACGUUUAACACUG